AUGGAUCGCGACGAGGCUUCCAUCACGACCAGCGAUGAGAAGUCCCACGAGGAGGAGGCUCCAAUUGCUGCGGGUCUCGAACCCACGCCUCCCAUUAGUUUCUGGCAACUAUUUCGCUACUCCACGUAUUUGGAACUCUUUUGGUUAUUCAUUGGAUUCGUCAUGUGUUGCAUCAAGGCACUGACAUUGCCAGCUGUGGUGAUUGUCUAUAGUGAAUUCACCGCCAUGUUGGUGGAUCGUGCCAUGCAGAUUGGAACCAGUUCGACGGUACAUGCUCUACCUCUUCUAGGAGGCGGCAAGAAACUCACAAAUGCCACACGUGAAGAGAACAAUGAAGCGCUCUAUGAUGAUUCCAUUUCUUAUGGCAUUUUACUCACAAUCGUUUCGGUGAUCAUGUUCAUAUCGGGCAUAUUUUCGGUAGAUAUAUUCAAUUUUGUAGCUCUACGUCAGGUGACAAGAAUGCGCAUCAAACUAUUUGAGUCUGUGAUGCGUCAGGAUAUUGGCUGGCAUGAUUUGGCCACCAAACAGAACUUUGCCCAAAGCAUGACUGACGACAUUGAAAAGAUACGUGAUGGCAUGUCGGAGAAAGUGGGACAUUUUCUAUAUUUGAUCGUGGGCUUUAUCAUAACCGUGGGCAUAUCCUUUGGCUAUGGCUGGAAAUUAACCUUGGCUGUCAGCUGUUAUAUACCACUUGUGAUUGCGGUCAACUAUUACGUGGCCAAGUUUCAAGGCACAUUGACGGCACGUGAACAGGAAUCUUAUGGCGAAGCGGGAAAUUUGGUGGAAGAAAUACUUAAUGCCAUACGCACAGUGGUUUCUUUUGGUGGGGAAAAGCACGAGGUGGAGCGUUAUGAGAACUUUCUGGUGCCAGCUCGCAAGGCAAGUCAGUGGAAAGGUGCUUUCUCCGGUCUGAGUGAUGCCGUGCUCAAGUCCAUGUUAUUUUUAUCCUGUGCUGGCGCCUUUUGGUAUGGUGUUAAUCUCAUUUUGGAUGACCGUUCUGUCGAGGACAAGGAAUACACACCGGCCAUACUGAUGAUUGCCUUUUUUGGCAUCAUUGUGGGCGCUGAUAAUAUUGCUCGUACCGCGCCUUUUCUGGAAUCCUUUGCCACAGCUCGUGGCUGUGCUGCAAAUCUUUUUAAAGUCAUUGAUAUGCCCUCGAAAAUUGAUCCUUUGUCCACUGAUGGCAAGCUCUUGAAUUAUGGUUUGAGAGGUGAUGUUGAAUUUCAGGAUGUCUUCUUUCGUUAUCCCUCACGUCCCGAAAUUAUUGUUCACCGUGGCUUAAAUAUCAAGAUUAGAGCUGGACAAACUGUGGCAUUAGUUGGUUCCUCGGGUUGUGGCAAAUCCACAUGCAUACAGUUGUUGCAGCGUUUCUAUGAUCCUGUUUUUGGCGCUGUGCUUUUGGAUGAGUUGGACAUACGCAAAUACAAUAUACAAUGGUUGAGAUCGAAUAUUGCUGUGGUGGGACAGGAACCAGUGCUCUUUUUUGGUACCAUAGGCCAAAACAUUAGCUAUGGUAAACCCAAUGCCACACAGAAGGAAAUCGAAGCAGCUGCCACACAAGCUGGCGCACAUGAGUUUAUUAGUCAAUUACCAGAGAGCUAUCGUACCACAAUCGGUGAGCAUGGUUCUCAGCUUUCUGGAGGUCAAAAACAACGCAUUGCCAUAGCCCGAGCUCUCAUACAGAACCCUAAAAUAUUACUACUCGAUGAGGCCACCUCUGCCUUGGAUUACAAUUCGGAGAAAUUGGUGCAACAGGCUUUGGAUUUGGCGAGUAAAGGUCGCACCACCAUUGUGGUUUCCCAUCGACUUUCUGCCAUACGUGGUGCUGAUAAGAUUGUAUUUAUUCACGAUGGUAAGGUGCUAGAGGAAGGCUCGCAUGAAGAUCUAAUGGCAAUGGAGGGUGCCUAUUAUAAUAUGGUAAGAGCUGGCGACAUCAAAAUGCCGGAUGAGGUCGAAAAGGAGGACAACAUUGAUGAGGAAAAACGCAAAAGUCUGGCGCUCUACGAGAAAUCCUUUGAGACAAGUCCACUCAACUUUGAGAAGAACCAAAAGAACAGCGUACAAUUCGAUGAACCGCUCGUGAAAUCCAUCAAGGAUAGCAACAAGAAACAGGAAGAAACCGCAGCGGAGAAACCCAAUUUCUUCAGCAUCUUUGUGAGAAUUGUGCGCAUUGCACGUCCCGAGUGGUGCUACCUUAUUUUUGGAGCCAUUUCAGCGAUUGCUGUGGGUUGCUUGUAUCCCGCAUUCUCUAUCAUUUUUGGAGAAUUCUACGGUGCACUUGCCGAACAGGAUGCGAGGGUAGCGCUUAGUCGUACCGCCGUAUUGUCCUGGGCCUGUCUUGGUAUUGCAGUUAUUACCGGUUUGAUUUGCUUUCUGCAAACCUAUCUCUUCAAUUAUGCUGGAGUUUGGUUAACCACACGCAUGCGUGCCAUGACUUUCAAGUCGAUUGUAAGUCAGGAGGUUGGAUUCUUUGAUCAGGAACAUAAUUCCGUGGGUGCUUUAUCUGCUCGUUUGUCCGGCGAAGCGGCGGGUGUACAGGGUGCUAUUGGAUAUCCACUGAGUGGCAUGAUUCAAGCACUAUCCAACUUUAUUUCGGGUGUUUCGGUUGCCAUGUACUACAACUGGAAACUGGCCUUACUUUGUUUGGCCAAUUGCCCGAUCAUUGUGGGAUCUGUCAUUCUAGAGGCCAAAAUGAUGUCGAAUGCCUUAAUUCGGGAAAAACAAGUCUUGGAGGAAGCCUGUCGCAUUGCCACAGAGUCUGUGACAAAUGUCCGCACCAUUGCGGGUUUAAGAAGGGAAGCUGAGGUCAUUAAACAGUAUACGGAGGAAAUUCAACGUGUUGAGAUUAUGAUACGACAGAAGCUACGCUGGCGUGGAGUUCUUAACUCUACUAUGCAGGCAUCUGCUUUCUUUGCCUAUGCUGUAGCUCUGUGCUAUGGUGGAGUCUUGGUUUCUGAGGGACAAGUUCCGUUCCAGGACAUUAUCAAGGUUUCGGAGACCUUGCUCUACGGCUCCAUGAUGUUGGCUCAAUCUUUGGCCUUUACACCUGCUUUUACUGCCGCCCUGGUGGCUGCUCAUCGCCUCUUCCAGAUCCUCGAUCGCAAGCCGCGUAUUCACUCUCCGAUGGGCACCAUUAAGAACACACUCGCCAAGCAGUUGAAUCUGUUUGAAGGCGUGCGUUAUCGUGACAUUGAAUUCCGUUAUCCAACGCGUCCUGAUGCCAAGAUUCUCAAUGGUCUCGACUUGGAGGUGUUGCAAGGUCAAACGGUGGCUUUGGUGGGACACUCUGGUUGUGGCAAGUCCACUUGUGUGCAGUUGCUGCAACGCUACUACGAUCCUGAUGAGGGCAACAUUCACAUUGAUCAGGAUGAUAUUCAGCAUGAUUUAACCCUAGAGGGCGUUAGAAGAAAACUCGGAAUUGUCUCGCAGGAACCGUCGCUCUUUGAGCGCACAAUUGCCGAGAAUAUAGCGUAUGGUGACAAUCGUCGUGAGGUGUCCAUGGCCGAGGUAAUUGCAGCUGCCAAGAGCGCCAAUGCUCACAGUUUCAUUAUAUCCCUGCCCAAUGGCUAUGAUACUCGCAUGGGCGCCCGUGGCACCCAAUUAUCUGGUGGACAAAAGCAACGUGUGGCCAUUGCACGUGCUCUGGUGCGGAAUCCCAAGAUCCUGUUGCUGGACGAAGCCACCUCAGCGUUGGACUUGCAAAGCGAGAGAUUGGUUCAACAAGCUCUGGACUCCGCCUGCUCUGGACGCACCUGUAUUGUCAUUGCCCAUCGUCUGUCCACAGUUCAGAAUGCCGAUGUCAUUUGUGUGGUUCAAGGAGGUCGAAUUGUGGAGCAAGGCACUCACAUGCAACUAAUUUCGCAGGGUGGCAUCUACGCCAAGUUGCACAAGACCCAAAAGGAUCAUUAAGCAUUUAGUUUCUCAACGGAUUUAUUGAUAUUUAACCCAAUUUUAUCUAUUGUCACAUUUUAUAUAAAUACUUUGUAACCUUAUUGUUUGAAAUAAAAUAUUUCACAGUU